AUGACCACAACCACCACCACGUCCAGGCGGUUCAAAUGGCUCAAGUACUCAAAUGUCCGACCAUUCACCGAUGAGCGCCAGGCCAACUUUACAGCACGCGCAAAUAAUGGUACUUUGAACAGAUCUUAUGAUCCUGAAAGGGAUUAUGAUGAGCUUCGAUCGUUACGAGAGGGGUCAAUGGCAUCCGACUUUGACUGCAUGGAACUCCGAAUCCGCGAGGAAAGAGUCGACCUUACCUGGGUAUAUCCCCACCAUGACAUCGAGAAUCCAACCACGGCACAGCUUAGCCGCCUGGCCCCUUGCGUCCGACGCACCAUAAGGAUCGAGAAGCAAACUCCGCGCGAGGAGCUCUAUAAUCGUGGCCCGGCUGUUGCGCCCCUUCCCAAGAUCCCUAACCCCUCUGACGAUGAGCCUGAAUGGGGAUUUAGGGACAAGUACAUGUACCGUGCCAAGGAUGCGCCAGGCUCGGAAAAGGAUAGGAAGAAGCAGAAGCAGAAGCAGAAGCAGAAGCAGAAGCAGAAGCAGAAGCAGAAGAAGAAGCGCAAGUCGCGCACCGACUCUGAACAUCCCGAGGAGGAAGAUUUGGAGACUGAACAUCGACCCAAGCGAACACGAGUUGCAGAAGAGGAAGCCGAUACCGGAGGGCAUGAAGGACAUUUACCGCUAACACCUAGCUACAUCCCGGAUUAUGACCGCCCGGUGCCAUCCAUUGAACACUCCCCGGGAGCCAUUGCCCGCGCCGAUGCCAAUCUCGCCUUGAUCGCCGCAUUCAACAACGUACAACCACGUCUGUCUGCGUCGCCUGCCGCGCCCGCCAUUUCACCCGCUACGCGCCCCUCGGUCGCCGCCGCCGACCCCGGCCCUCCCCAGUUCGCCAAGGAUGGCUUCUUUGCUCUGCCACAACAGGUGCGGCUCCAGGUCUAUCGGCAUCUUCUCUUGCGGGAGGAGCCGAUCCGCGUCCACGCCAGUUAG